CCUCCUCCACCGCGACCAUCAUCAACUCGACCUUCGACUGCACCUUCUUCUCGCAUAUCCGGAGCCGCGGAAUCCCGCGGACUAUACAAUAUGUCGCAAACACAAGUCGAGCACAGCGAUUCGAUAUCGAGCCAGGACCCGCGUCAGGAGCAGGCGAAGAAGACAAAGAGCAGGAGGCCCGCAAAUACUGCUUUCCGGCAGCAGCGAUUAAAAGCAUGGCAACCCAUCCUUACCCCGAAGACCGUCCUUCCUCUCUUCUUCAUUGUCGGCAUCAUAUUCGCCCCUAUCGGAGGCCUGUUAUUAUACGCGAGUUCGCAGGUUCAGGAGCUCUCUAUCGAUUACACAAACUGCAACACCACGGCCCCUAUUACCGAGGCGGACUUCAACCCGGAUGUGCAAAGUACACUCAGUGAGAUACCAGGUGACCGGGUAACAAGCUCUUUCAAGUCGCCGAUGAACGUGAAGCCAAAGUGGGGCUACGCCAACGACACCUUCGAGUGGCCCUCUGGAAAGAAAAACCCCAACACUACCCUCUGUAUCUUGGAAUUCACCAUCCCUAAUGACGUCAAGGCUCCUGUAUUGUUCUACUAUCGCUUGACGAACUUCUACCAGAACCAUCGCCGAUAUGUCAAGUCUUUGGAUACAAACCAGCUGAAAGGUAAUGCGGAGUCCGCGGGCUCUAUUCGGUCAGGAGACUGCGACCCUCUCGACACAGCUCCGGACGGAAGGCCAUACUAUCCCUGUGGCCUCAUCGCCAAUUCCAUGUUCAACGAUUCAUUCGACAAGAACCAACUAAAUAUGCCCAAUGCCGAGCCCUACACUAUGUCAACAAGCGGUAUAGCAUGGGAUAGUGAGGCGGAUUUGUAUAAGAAGUCUAAGUACAAGCCAAAGGAUGUGGUCCCCCCGCCAAAUUGGAGAGACCAGUAUCCGGAUAACGGCUAUGACGAUCUUGAAGAGCUUCCCAACCUCCACACUUGGGAGGCUUUCCAGGUCUGGAUGAGGACGGCAGGUCUCCCAACCUUCAGUAAAUUGGCCAUGCGAAACGACAAGGACACCUUGAAGGCGGGCACUUAUCGGCUCCGGAUUUGGGACAGGUUCCCCGUUCACAAGUACGGUGGAAAAAAGUCCAUCCUGAUCUCAACGCGCACCGUCAUGGGUGGCAAAAACCCUUUCCUAGGUAUCGCGUAUGUUGUCGUAGGCGGUCUCUGCAUUUUGCUCGGUGCUAUCUUCACUGCUGCCCAUCUCAUCAAGCCAAGGAAACUUGGCGAUCACACUUACCUCUCGUGGAAUAAUGACCAGCCGAGCACUGCAACGGCAACUGGACGCAGUGUUCGACCAGGAGAUACCGCCUGAUUAAAACGAUAGACCUUCCUAAUGGAGUUGGGAGUUUGUUCUUUUCAUUUUCAGCUUGAAUCACCACGGAUCCGAGGUUUGGGAGUGUAUUUGUAUUACAGGUCGCUAAGAAGUCUGGCGUGCAGGCGUUCGCCCCGAGAAUAUGAUUCACAAUUCUUUUUUGGUUCUUCUGUACUCGACCUUGGUCAGCAGGUGUUCACUAUGCUCAAGUAGGACUCGGGCCGAGAAUUCUAUCAUGCUAAACUUCAUGUCAGGUCUUCGUCAAGAGGUUAUCUGAAACUCGUCGUGAAAACGAACGUUUGUAGCUGCGCCUCUACGGCCCAGAUAAUACCCCAAAAAUCUCUAGACGGGCGCCAAAAUAUAGCUAGAUGGACAUUCUGAGACCUUAUAAUCCAGACCACAGUGAGGCAUG